CGGUGAUGUGAUGUGACUAGGGGCUUGUGUUUAUGUUUAUCAAUCAAAGUCAAAAUAAAUAUAAUUAUAAUUAAUAAUUAUUUAUUAGUAUAUUAACGAAUAAAUUUCUAAAAAGGUAAUUCUUUUCGAUAAAAAUGCCCGGGAUCAAUAAAGACCAACAUACUGACCUUCAAGCUGUAAAAAACGGUGAAAAUCAAGAGCAACAACAGCCACAGGAACGCGAACUGACUCAAACCGAUCGUAUAAAUAGGCAUUUAUUGGUGGCAUUUCUGGAAGCUAUCAAACAAACAGAAUCUAAUUUAGAAAAUCAGGAAAAUUCUGAUUCUGAUGAUGCAGAACAAUGGGCAGAUGAAGAAUCAAAAUAAAGAAAUCUUCCUCCCAACCAUAACCCAACAUUUUCAAAACUACGCACACCUUCUCUAACCUAAUUUAUUUAGCGCCAAAAAUCAACACAAAAACACAAAUAAACUCCUUACAUUUCUUCCAAUUUCUUCAAACUAUAGUUCAAAUAAUAUAAUUAUAAACAUGUCCUCCGACGACGAUUCUCUUAAGGAUGCUGAAAUUCUUUCAGACAACGAACAAAAUGAUUUUAUAGACAAUGUGGCCACUGAAAAUACUGAAGAAAACACAGAAGAAGUCCAAAGAGACGAAAAUGCUGAUGGCGAAAAUCAAGAUGUUCAACCAGUUAAAGUAAAACGCAUUAUUAGGAAUCCGCAACCGAAACUAAAUGCAGAAACCCUUAAAGGUCCUAGAGGUAUAGCAGCAAUUCCCUCAUACUUCGAAAGGGUGAAAUUCAAAGGAAAAGGCCACGAAAAUCAAGAUUUGAAUGCCAUUAUGAAAACGUAUGAAUACUGGUGUCACCGUUUGUUUCCAAAAUUCCCGUUUGAUACCUGCAUUGACCGACUAGAAAAACUUGGAUCCAAAAAGCCAGUACAGACUCACAUCAAAAGAAUCCGUUUCGAUUUGAUAACAGAACAAGAAGAUAAACCCAUCAUUGACUCGUCAGAUGAAGAAGCCAACGUUGAUGGCUUUGUGGACAUCAACAAUGAUCAAAUUAAUCAACAGUUUGAUGAGCUUGUGCAAAAUCAACAGCCAGAACUGACUACUGAGCAAUUGGAAACUAUCAGGAUUAAUAAAGAGAAGGCUGAGAAACUGAGGCAAGAACGGUUGAGAAAUAUUAGAGAAAAAGCUGCAUUGGAUUUAGUUGUUUCUCAGGAAGUAUCCGAGGAAGUAUCUGAGGAAGCAUCUGAGGAAGUAUCUAGUCAAGUGGCAACUACAAGUGGUAUUAAUGAUUAUUUUCAAAACACACAAAGUAGUCAAGAAGAAAAUAAUGAAAGUGUACCCUUGGAAUUGCCUGCUUUUGAUCUUGAGAGUAAUAUUAAAGGUAAAACUACACUUAAAGGAAGGUCAAUAAAGAAGACAUCAAAAAAAUUAACUAAUGGAAAACAAUUUAGAAAGCUAUUUGAUAAUGAUAUAGAAGUAGAAUAUGGCAUACAUGAUACAAAUAGUAACGAUGUGGUAUUAUCGCAAGAUGAAAGACAUGUUAUAGAUAGUGAUGAAGAUGUUCCUAUGAAAGCCACUAGUAAUUUAAGUGAAAAAUCCAAAAUAAACGUUUUUGAUAGUGAUGAAAUCGAUCAGGAAAUGGUAACCAGUGAAGAGCCUUUAAAUCAAAAGACUUCUGUUGACACCAGUGAUCAGAGUGAUCAUGACAUGGUCAUUGAUGAAGAUCCAAGUCAAGAAGACAUUCCAUUUGAAAAUGAUGAAAAUCAUAAAAAUGUUGAAUUGCGGUCUUCAGAAAAAGACACUCUCACAGAAACAAUUGAUGGUGUUGUUUCAGAAUGCCAAAUUGAAGAUGAAAAUGGUGAUUCCUUGGAACCAAUAAAUCCAGCGGACAAUGUUAAACUUGUAAAUAAUUUGAGUGAAUUAAAUUCAGAAAACAAAGAGAAUUCUGCGGACAAUAUUUUUUAGCUGUAGUUUAUUUUUAUGGAAUUCAA